AUGGCAUCAUCAUCGUCAUCAUCAUCCUUAAAUCCUUCACCUAGUCCAAAUACUCUAUCAAAUGUUAGUAGUAAUGGUACAUCAUUAGCAGGAGCUAGUAGUCAAACAUCAACUAAUUCUAGUACAAACUCCAGUCAAUCAACAUCGAAUACUAGCAAUGCUCCUGUAUCACGUGAUCGUAUUGCUAGUUGGAUAACUGAAUUACUUUCAUCAUCAACACGUGAAGCUGCUUUAAUGGAAUUAAGUCGUAAACGAGAAAAAGUUGCUGAUCUAGCUAUAUUACUUUGGCAUUCAUUUGGAUCUGUUGCUGUACUUCUAUAUGAAGUGAUUUCAGUUUAUCCAUAUAUUAAUCCACCGACACUAACUGCUCAACAAUCAAAUCGUGUUUGUAAUGCAUUAGCUUUAUUACAAUGUAUAGCAUCACAUCCUGAUACACGAACACUUUUUAUUCAAGCAAAUAUUCCAUUAUUUCUUUAUCCAUUUUUAAAUACAAAAUCAUCAACAAGACCAUUUGAAUAUUUACGUUUAACAUCAUUAGGUGUUAUUGGCGCACUUGUUAAAACUGAUGAAACAGAAGUUAUUAAUUUUUUAUUAACAACAGAAAUUAUUCCAUUAUCAUUACGUAUAAUGCAAUCGGGAAGUGAAUUAUCAAAAACUGUAGCAACAUUUAUUUUACAGAAAAUUCUCGGUGAUGAUUCUGGUUUAAAUUAUAUUUGUGAAACAUUCGAUCGUUUUUCACAUGUUGCUAUGGUUCUUGGACGAAUGGUUCUUCAACAGCAAAGAGAAGCAAGUGGUCGUUUAUUAAAACAUAUUAUUCGAUGUUAUUUACGUUUAUCGGAUAAUCCACGAGCUCGUGAAGCUCUUCGAUCAUGUCUUCCUGAUUGUCUUAAAGAUCAUACAUUUGAUGGUGUACUUAAAGAAGAUCAAUCGACUAAAAAAUGGUUAUCACAAUUAUUAAUUAAUCUUGAAACACCGACCACAACUACAACUAAUGCACAACAACAAACAUCGAAUUCUGCUGUUCAGCAAAAUACUCAAACUACAUCAACAUUAGAAAUGGGAUAA